UGUUGCUGCACCAUUCUGUCGUCUGCUGCGAAUGGCAAGUCGGCCGCUUCCCGGAGCGAAGUGUGUGACUCCUGGUAAUGGCGCUGCGGGAGUCCGGCAGCAAGCCCAGCUCGACAGCAGUGCAAGCAGCCGCAGCCCAGCCCCCGGGAAAACCUGCGGUUGAACGCCACCCGUCUCCGCCCGAGGUCGGGCGCCAUGGAGACACUGAGCAGCACCAGGGAGAUUGAGUGGAGCGGCGUGUCGAGGCCGCUGGACCUGCUGGUCAGCACCUACCGGUUACCGCAGCUCGUCAAGCUGGAGAACGGGGAAACUGUGGAAGGGAUUCGUGAAAAUGAUUUGGUUUUACUUCAUUCCUGUCGUCAAUGGACAACUAUUACUGCUCACAGCUUGGAAGAAGGUCACUAUGUGAUAGGACCAAAAAUAGAGAUUCCUGUUCAUUAUGGAGGACAGUUUAAGCUAUUGGAACAGGACCGAGAUGUCAAGGAACCUGCACAAUACUUCAGCAGUGUGGAGGAGGUGGCAAAAGCAUUCCCUGAACGAGUGUACGUAAUGGAGGAAAUAACAUUCAAUGUUAAGGUAGCCGCAGGGGAAUGCAAUGAAGAUACUGAAGUAUACAACAUCACUUUGAGUACAGGUGAUGAACUUACUCUAAUGGGACAAGCUGAAAUUCUUUAUGCCAAAACAUCAAAAGAAAAGUCCAGAUUUAAUAAUAUCUUUAAGAAAAUUGGAAAAUUGAACGCUAUUGGCAGAUUUGGAAGAGGAAAGAUGCCUUGCCUUAUUUGCAUGAAUCACCGGACCAAUGAAAGCAUUAGCCUUCCUUUCCAGUGUAAAGGCCGAUUCAGCACACGUAGUCCCCUUGAGAUACAAAUGCAAGAUGGUGAACACACUAUUCGCACCAUUGUUGAAAAGACCAGGCUACCAGUAAAUGUUACUGUGCCAUCUGCACCUCCACGAAAUCCUUAUGAUCUGCACCUCAUUCGAGAGGGUCAUCGCUAUAAGUUUGUUAAUAUUCAAACCAAGACUGUUGUGGUGUGCUGUGUACUUCGCAACAACAAAAUGAUUCCCAUGCACUUUCCACUUCAUUUAGUUGUGCCAAAGUUUACCUUAGCUGAAGGUCUUCUUAAGGGAGCAAUGUGGUAUGAGAACGCAGUACAACAUUCAUUCAAUGUUUGUCAAGAGCAGUUCGAUAUUGAAGAGUAUUCACGAGCUGUUCGGGAUGUAAAAAUUGACUGGAAUGAAGAUUGCAAAAGUCCAAAGAAGACGAGGUGUACUGGGCACAGUCACAUGCCGAACUCUCUCAGCUAUGCCCGUGAAGAAUUGACACAGUCUUUCCAUCGACUUUCCGUAUGUGUUUAUGGAAAUAAUUUGCAUGGAAAUAGUGAAGUAAAUCUGCAUGGUUGUAAAGAUCCAAAUAAUGAGUGGACUCUUUUCUCUCCUGAAACCGUCCUAUCUCAAGAUUCUGGAGAUAGUGGGAGUGAUUAUUUGCUACCUGAAGUGACUGAAGAAUCUGCUGGAGUCCAAUCAUGGUCAGAACUUCCCUAUGAAGAGCUAUGGUUAGAUCAAGGAACUGGGAAACUGAAUGGACAAGAUCUUUUCUGUUUGGGUGAGAGAUUGAAAUCAGAUCAGAGGGACUCGAGCCACUCUAAAUGCCCAGCUUCUUCUGUCCUUUCUUCUCCAAGUCCUUUGUCUUCAAUCAAACCAUCGUCUGACACUUGUCUACCUCCGCCUCCAGUGCCUCCAAAGUCUGAAGCUGUAAAAGAAGAAUGCAGACUUCUGAAUGCUCCACCAAUUCCACCACGGAAUUCCAAGCCAUCCUCUCAGAGUCCAUCAAUUCCUCCUCGGCAAAUACGCCAACAGACACGCUCUCCGAGCCCUACACUAUCUUACUAUUCUUCUGGAUUGCAUAACAUUGGUGCCACAGAGAAUGAUGCACCUUCGCCUAUUGAGAAGCAUUCCUCAGUUUCCUGUUAUCCUUGUAACUGGAUCGAUUCUAAAGCUAUGGACAGUGGAGCUAAACUGCCCUUUAGAAGCCCCUUAUUGGACAGCCCUUCAAAUCGCUCAUCGUGGCCAAACCAACGUUAUGGGGAUGUUGACCAAGAUGGUUCAGAUUUUUUAUCUGAACACAGAAGUUACUACAGUUAUCCACGUCACAAAAUACCAAGUACUCCAAAGAACAUAGUGCCAGUACUGUUUCAAUAUGGUAGCAUUGAAUGUGCUGGGGGCUGUGAGGAGUUUCCAGUUAAUACCUUUCGCAGACAGCAACAGUCCAAGGAUGGAGGAUUUCAUUUUAUUCCUACUGGCUAUCCAAGAUCUGCAAGUUAUUCCUCAGAAGGCUAUGGUGAAAAACCUUUAGCAGAUAAUGUCCAACAAAGUCGGUCAUGCCCCACCUUACCACCACGUCCGUUAAAGUUCACCGAUGAAGAAUUAAUUGGCCUAGAAGCACUGUUUCUGCCAUCAACUACAGACGGGGCUGAGGACAAACCACAGAUUUGCUCAACAGAUCUACCUGAAGAAAAAUUUGUUAACAAAGAUAAACUCAGUGUAUUUUCUACUCCUACUCCUCCUCCUCCUCCUCCUCAUCUGCAGUUAGCACAUUCAUGUGGUGAUGGAUCACCUUGGCAGCCACCAUCUGACCUUGGUGGACUGUCUAUUGAAGAGGUGUCAAAGUGCCUGCAAUUUAUUGGUCUCCCUGAAGAGAUUGUGUCACUGUUUGUGACAGAAAAAGUUGAUGGAAAUUUACUUGUACAGCUGACAGAGGAAAUCCUGUCUGAAGACUUUCAGCUUAGCAAACUCCAAAUUAAGAAGCUUUUGCAUUUCAUCAGUGGCUGGCGACCCAAGAUGUAGCGCUAUGACUCAAAAGGCAUAAAUGUAGAGGAUCUGACCUCAACAUUUAUUGUUUUGCACUAAAUAGUCAUCAUUUUUGGACUGUGUCAAAUCAGUGCUGUCUCUCUAAAUGGGUUUGCUUAUAAAGGUACGAAAUCAAGUUUUUGUAUGUUGAUAAAACUGACAUCCUACAGACAAAAAAACCUUGCUGGAAGUGUGCCUUGUGUGCUAAUCACCCAUCAUUAACUGUUGAAUUAUUAAAAGAAUGGAAGUAAA